UUGUCCUCUCGCUGCACGCACCAGCCGCAGCCGCCUCACUUCUGGUCCCGCGGUUGCAACUCCAGCCGCAGGCGUCGCGCCGCCCUCGUCUUCUCAGCCGCUCGCUUCGUGGGUCGGUCCCUCCGGCACACGGGCUCCUGCCGCGCCGCAGCUGUCUUCAGAGCCUUUAGGCCUCCCUGGUUUUCUCGCCCGGCCCGACUCAGCCCGCGAAGAUGGUGGACCGCGAGCAACUGGUGCAGAAAGCCCGGCUGGCCGAGCAGGCGGAGCGCUACGACGACAUGGCCGCGGCCAUGAAGAACGUAACAGAGCUGAAUGAGCCACUGUCCAAUGAAGAAAGAAACCUUCUGUCUGUGGCCUACAAGAACGUAGUUGGGGCACGCCGUUCUUCCUGGAGGGUCAUUAGUAGCAUUGAGCAGAAGACUUCUGCAGACGGUAAUGAGAAGAAGAUAGAGAUGGUCCGAGCUUACCGUGAGAAAAUAGAGAAGGAGUUGGAAGCAGUGUGUCAGGAUGUGCUGAGCCUGCUGGAUAACUACCUGAUCAAGAAUUGCAGUGAGACCCAGUAUGAAAGCAAAGUGUUUUAUCUGAAGAUGAAAGGGGACUAUUACCGCUACCUGGCAGAAGUGGCCACUGGCGAGAAAAGGGCGACUGUCGUGGAAUCGUCCGAGAAGGCCUAUAGCGAAGCCCAUGAGAUCAGCAAGGAGCACAUGCAGCCUACUCACCCCAUUAGGUUGGGCCUGGCUCUUAACUACUCCGUUUUCUACUACGAGAUCCAGAAUGCCCCAGAGCAAGCGUGCCACUUGGCCAAGACCGCCUUUGACGAUGCCAUUGCCGAGCUCGACACUCUCAAUGAGGACUCCUACAAGGACUCCACUCUCAUCAUGCAGCUCCUCCGCGACAACCUAACGCUCUGGACAAGCGAUCAGCAAGACGACGAUGGUGGAGAAGGCAACAAUUAAGGCCCCCCGCAGGUGGACUGGCAGCGCACGCUGAUGCUACUACUGCAGUCUUUAUUUUUUUCCCAUGAGUUUGGGGGUCGGGUGGGGGAGGGAAAGGGAGGGACGACCUUCCUAGGGAGAAACCCACGACCUGUUCUGUCUUUGAUUGCCUCUUUGACAUUUUGCCAAAAUACCACUAGUGGAAAGUCAGGCUAGCUGUGCUGGUGUUGGAAUAGCAGCCUCACGCCGGCAUAUGGACUGUUCCGUAGAUUAAUGCAAGUGGAGCUGUCUGUCUUUAAUUUAACUUAUUGCUAGAUAAUAGGAUCUUGAGAUGAAAAGAAAACUUCAGUGGAAUGGCCCUCAUUCAGUAAGUUCUGUGGUUCCAGUAAGGAUUGUUAUGUACAUAUGUUCGUGUCUUAAUUUCUAUCUCAUCUGUUUUAGCUGUGCAUUUUUUUUUCAGGGUGUAAUCUACCAGACGUGGAAUAGUUUAAAUCCCAAACUUGACAGACUCGGAACAUAAGGUAUAAUUUAUCCUUAUGGUUUAGGCCCUGCUAGUUUCCUGAAGUUUCUGAUUAGCUGACAGUAUUAACACUAAAUUGCAGUUUACAGUAUUUCUACAUUACAGCCAUAUGUAACAUCAAGCCAUUGACUGUAUUUUUCUUUGCUAGUUAUUUUGGCUUCACACCCCUUUUCAGCCUUAUCCAGGUUCUCUUUCUCUGUCUCUCCUGGGCCAGAGGCUUGCCUGAGGAGCAUCAAAGCUACUUUAGGUUUUGAUUAAUAGGUGCUUGGCGGGUAGCUGUGGGGUUUUUGUCUUCUUUCCUCUUGACUUAGAUCCACCACAAAAAUCAUUAACCACUUUAAUAGAAACAUUAAACACCACAAAAACGGAGAAAAUUCAGGUCUGUAUGUCAUUUAUUGUAUUGGUAUUUUCAGAGAAGUCCUGAUUCGUAAACUGCCACAGCUCCUUCCUCAGGGAUCACGCUGCCGCGUCACUCUUCACUUGAGUCUUCCCCGCUGCACCUCAUCCUGGCGCCACUCGGUUGAGAAGCUGUUGGGCUGUAGAAGCUGGGUGGUCGUUUUGAGGAAGUCCGUGGUGCAGUGUGUGAAAAUUCAGGCGCCAGAAGCCGACUGGCCCAACAACCUGAAAGGAAGAGCUUCAUCCAUAGACGUUCUGUCCGAUCUGGGAGCCUUGCGUGUCGGCUUUUCCUCCCUGAAAACUUUUCCAAUUAAAAUCAUUAUCAGAUAGUAAAUAUGAAUACUUCUAUUUGACCAAAACUUUUUCUAUAUAGGUUUUUCUCUUUAAAAAAUGCAUAGAUGUCAGAGAUUAAUUUCUUGUGCAGUUACUGCACGUGUUAAAAUUGAAGGAAACUACAUUGCUAGUUUCACAAAUCUGUCCUCAUUUAGCCUUAGUCCUUCAUUCUCGUUUUGGAUAACUCUGUCCGAAAACAUGACCCAUUGCAUGUGUGGUCAGCCUUUUUUAUAAGGUCAGUUACGGUGUGAACUCCUAAGACAGGUAACAACACCAGGCUUGUUUGUCUUGUUUAGGCAAGGAGAAGUGUAAGUGAUGAUUGAGGAAAACUGACGCUUGCUUUUUACUAAUAUCAAAAUUGAGCUUACAGUUACAAAAAGGUUACAGUUACAGGAUCCAGGUUACAGUGAAGAUAGAAUGGUAAUGAUACUCUCUAACAUUGCACAGUUUACCCAGCAUGACUUUCCUUAGAAGGUCCCCUUCCUGUGCCAGAGUGGAAGUCCCAGUUAACCAGACCCAGCCAGCAGAACCCACAGAAGAAAACUUCACAGCCCUUCUGCCGUUCCAGGGCCCCAAAGUCAGCGCCGUGGCAGGGGGAAGAUUGCGGGGUGGGGGGGCCUUUCCUUGAUUUAUCUUCUUGUCCAGUGAGCAGUGUUGUGUCCUUGUAGCGUUUGUAAAUGAUUUACUGGAAUUACAAAACCUAUAUAUUUUUUUGAAAUUUCAGCUUUGGCUCUGGCUGCUUUUUAGAAUAAUGCAAGAUAAAAUCAUACCUGAGGGCUAAAAAUGAAGAGGGAAUGGUAGACUUGAUAUUUAAGCAGCUUGAAUGGUUCCUUUUCUUUUCUUUAUUUUUAAAGAAAUGCACUUGCCUAUGAUACUGUCUCUCUGGUGAAAUGAUUACUCCUCCAUUACUCUAUUGAUACAAUAUUGUGCAUGCUAGUGUUGUAUUUCUAUACAGUAGCUUGAAAUUUAUUAACUUAUACUGUAGGUGUUAUGUAUUCCUAUGGCAAAAAAAUCAAGUCUUCAAAUUUUUUAAAGUUUUUUUUUUAAUUUAAUUUUUCCUUUUGGGGGUAAAGUUUGCUCUACCAAAUAGUGAUUGUAACAAAUUGAUCUGUUUUGGAUGUUGCUAUAGUGACAUGCAGUUAUAUAUUUUGUUUUUAAAAGGGGGGGAGCAAAAGAAACACCAGUGUUAGCUUAAUCUUAAUGUCUGGUGUUUGUCAUGGUGAAAUUAUAGCUAUUACAGUGUAGGAGAACAUCGACCAUGUUCUCUGAAUGAGCCUUUGUGCUUUUUGUCAUGUUAUGCAGUGAACUAUUUUUAAGGUCUAAUCAGUGAUUAUUUUUCCAACUCCGUGUUUCUCUAAGGAAUUAUUUCACACACGGACCAUUCUUAGCAGUUUUCCUCAGUGAUGGAAUAUCAUGAAUGUGAGUCAUUAUGUAGCUGUCGUACAUUGAGCAAAUAAACUUACAGAUCUGA